GUUCACGAUAAGGAACACGGUUGGUAACUUAAUUUAAACAGGAUGAUUUCUUUAACUUUCUUAUUUCUUGUUAUUUAUGCCGGUGCAGUAAAUGCAGGAUGCCCAUUUGGUUGGUACUAUUUCUCCGAAUCUUGCUAUCUCUUCAGUUCAUACAAGCUUGACUGGUUCAGGGCAGCUGCAUCUUGUAAUGCUCACCAUUCAAAUCUAGUCAUUGUUGAAAGCAAAGAAGAGGAGAUAUUCAUAAGGAACACAUCAAUGACAUUAAAAAGAGGAUUCUGGUUGGCACUGAUGAUGUGGUUGAAGGAUACUGGAAAUGGGCAACAACAGAGGCCAAUUUGACUUAUACCGACUGGUAUCCAGGGCAACCUAGUAACGGUGGUAGUACUCACAAUGAAGAUUGUGCGCAUAUAUAUCCGGGUCUUAGUUACAGAUGGAAUGACAUCCAUUGCACGUAUGAAGAAUAUUUUAUUUGUGAAGA